AAAAUCCGUGAACCGGAAGUACUUAGUUAUUCUUGCAUGCGUCACGGCAGUAUGAGACAACACUCCUAUCGUUUGUUUGCGGAUGGCCAUAACAUUAUAGAGGAAGAGUCACAAUAACAACACAGCUCACUUGCCUUCACAGCAAAGAAGUUAACUUUAUUGUAUUACUCGAUGCGUUGCAAGUGUAAGCUACAUGUGUUACAAACAAUACGUCAAGAAACAAUAACGAAGCAGCUUGUUUGAGUUAGCAGCGAAACUCACGUGAAAGUUUGCCAGGACGGCUGUUAUUUUUCCCGAAGGAAGACGUUGGAUUUGAGGGGGAAAAUGGCCACCACAUCUUCUCUUCCAGAGGAGGACCUCACCUGUCCCGUAUGCCGAGACAUCUUCAGAGACCCAGUCAUCCUGUUGUGUAGCCACAGCUUCUGUAAAGACUGUAUACAUGGCUACUGGAGGGAGAGAGAAGUGAAGGAAUGUCCAGUUUGUAGGAAAAGAUCAAAACUCAGUGAUGCACCCCUCAACCGGGCUUUGAAGAACCUCUGUGAGGCCUACUCAAAGGAGAAAGCAUCUGCAGGUGUCCUCUGCAGUCUGCAUGGGGAGAAAUACAAACUUUUCUGUCGUGACCACGGACAACCUGCUUGCCUGGUGUGCCAGACUUCUGAGUUACACACAAACCACACGUUCUGCCCCAUGGACGAAGCUGCCAAAGAAUAUAAGGAGUCUGUGCUGAAGCUCCUACAGAACAAACUGGAGGUCCUUGAGGCAGACAGUCGAAAUUGUGUUCAAACGGUAGAUACUAUCACGAGCCAGGCCCUGUCCACAGAGAGGAAAAUAAGGGAACAGUUUGAGGAGCUUCACCAGUUUCUACGGAAUGAAACGGUAGUCAGGAUAGCUGCCCUGAAGCAGGAAGAAGACAACAAGAGUCAAAUGAUCAUGAGGAAGAUUGAGGAGAUGAACAGAGAGAUCUCGUCCCUUUCUGACACCAUCCAAACCCUAGAGGAAGAGCUAGGGGCUGAAAACAUUUCUUUGCUACAGGACUACGAGGUCAUCAAGAAAAGAGUUCAGUGCAUAUUGCCAGAUCCAGAGAGGGUUUCAGGGGCGCUGAUUCAUGUGGCCAGACACCUUGGCAACCUGCAGUUCAGAGUCUGGAAGAACAUGCAGGAAAUUGUUGAGUACACUCCUGUGAUUCUGGAUCCCAACACUGCUCACCCAGAUCUCAUCCUGUCUGGUGACCUGACCAGCUUCACAUGCAGACUCAGUGAUGACCAACAGCAGCUUCCUGACAACCCAGAGAGGUUUAAACACCGCUAUGCUGUCCUGGGCUCCGAGGGCUUCAGCUCGGGGACACACAGUUGGGACGUAGAGGUUGGGGACAGCAAAGAGUGGGCAGUAGGUGUAGCCAUAGAGUCUUGCGAUAGGAAGGAGACGUCUCGGUGGCAUAUUAGUGGAGUCUGGUAUGUACUCUCAAGAGAAGGGAGUGACUAUAUUGACCAAGUGUCACCGAAUGCAUGUUACUGUCUUGAACCCUUUAAAGUGAAACCCCAGAGGAUCCGAGUGCAGCUGGACUGGGACAAAGAAACGGUGUCACUUUCUGAUCCUGUCAAUAACCAACGCAUUGGGUGUUUCUUCAAAAACCCUCAAAUAUUUUCACUGAGUUUCACUGAGAGAAUUUUUCCGUUCCUCAGUGGGGACUAUGUCAGGGUUAUGCCAGUGAAGGCCUCUGUAACAGUAUAGUACAGUUAGAGCUGAUCAUUACACACGUCGGGGCUCCUGUGAAAACAAAACUACAAGCUAAAAGGCAAUUGACACCAGCGAUUGCUGUGGGAACCAUUGUUGACCAAUUUCAAAUGCAUUAAUUGAAAUGAAUCAGUUGGUUCAUUUUAAUGCGUCUUAAUAUCAGUAAACCCUUGUCUGAUAGACAUGAGAACUGCGGGUUUAGUUCUGUUUGCUGUUUUUCAGUGAUUGUGCCUGCUGCUGAAUCUCUUUCAACGUCGACUUAAUGGGACAGAUUUGGAAUAUAUCGGGGGUUUUCCAUUUUGAAUGCCAGGUGUACUGAACACAGAUAUCCUCGUUGGACUUUUGAACAGUUUGUCUAGAGAAAUGUUACUGUUGUUCAGUUAAUCUUCUAGUGAAGUAUCCGCUAACCAAGUAUGAUACGGCAAUCUGUCAGUCAAUGACAUUCAUUAAUUAGUUGAUGCAACACUACCUUUGACUCAGCCAGGCUUUGACUGAGAUCCCACUCCCCCUCUCUCCCACUUCCUCUCCAAAGAUCCGACUCUCUCCCACUUCCCCUCCAAAGAUCCGACUCCCUCCCACUUCCUCUCCAAAGAUCUG